CAGUAAAUAAUGCAUAGAAAUCUUUUUUUUUUCCUCUCUAUAUUUUUCCCAUGAAAGAAGAGCAAAGAUAAACAUUGGCACUACGCAAUCUGGAGUGUAGGGAGAGAUUUGAGUGUUUUACUUACAAGUAGUACUCAUGGCGGUUUCUUCUCUUCAUUGCUUGUUGCUUUUGGCUGUCAUGAUGGUUAAUACUAUUGUUGCGGAUGAUCAGCCAGGAACAGCCUGCAGUGAAGCAAGGUGCGGAGAAAAUGGGCCGCCAAUCAGAUUCCCUUUCCGACUCAAAGACGACCGGUUGCAGCAAAACAACGACUGCAGUUAUCCCGGUUUUGAUCUGUUUUGCGCUGGGAACCAAACCGCAAUCAAUCUACCAAUUAUGCCGAUUACGGCGCUGUUUGUUAGCAAAAUAGAUUACAAAUCACAGCAACUCCAAGUGUAUAGCAACUCGAAUUGCCUUCCGAGGCUUCUGCUUUCGGGAUUCGACAAUCGAUCGCUGAUUAAUUCUCCUUUCCAACUCAGAAACAGAGGUAAGAACUCUAAGAACUACACGCAAUUGAAAUGCACUUCAGGAAGCGGAACAUGUAGCACGCUUUUCAUUCCUUCUAACUCCGAGAUCGACGACUACCAAGACGGUGUCAUGUUUUGUACCAAGAUGAUCGAGUUCGAGUCGGUUCCAUAUCAGAUAUACAAGUUGCUUUGGCGGGGAUAUGACGGUUCCAAUAUUCCAUUGUCAUGGUCCACCCCAGAUUGUAGACACUGUGAAGCAAAAGGCAAAGGAUGUAGAUUGAAGAAAGGUAGCGCUGAAACUGAAUGUUCCGCAUCAAGAAAAGCCAAGCCUAAAAUUUCACCAGCGUUGAGGACUAGUAUGAUUGCAACCUCAGGCUCAAUUCUCCUUUUACUAGUGGUUUCCUCAAGUUUUUACCUCUAUUAUUUACGCAAGAAGAAUAGAGAAAAUAGUCGGAGGAUUGAAAAGUUUUUGGAAGAUUACAAUGCGCUUAAACCGUCAAGAUAUACGUAUGCUGACAUUAAGAAGAUCACAGAUAAAUUCAAGGACAUUUUGGGGCAAGGAUCCUAUGGAACUGUGUUCAAAGGGAAGCUCUCAAAUGACAUCGUCGUGGCGGUGAAAAUCCUCAACGAUUCCACGGGAAAUGGGGAGGAGUUCAUCAAUGAGGUUUCGACGAUGGUUCAAAUUUACCAUAUCAAUGUAGUUCGCUUGGUUGGCUAUUGUGCUGAUGGAUUUAGAAGAGCUCUCAUUUACGAGUUUUUACCGAAUGAUUCUCUGGAGAAGUAUAUAUCGUCGUCGGUCUCCGCUGGUGGCAAAAAUCCGUCACUUAGUUGGAAGACAUUACAAGAUAUAGCUCUAGGCAUAGCUAAGGGAAUUGAGUAUCUUCACCAAGGAUGUGACAAAAGAAUCCUCCAUUUUGACAUCAAACCCCACAAUAUUUUGCUUGAUCAGAACUUUGUUCCAAAAAUUUCGGAUUUCGGUCUAGCAAAGUUGUGUUCUAAGGAUCAAAGUGCAGUGUCGAUGGCUACAGCUAGAGGAACCUUGGGUUACAUUGCACCCGAAGUAUUCUCUAGGAACUUCGGAAAUGUGUCCUACAAGUCUGAUGUUUAUAGUUUCGGAAUGUUGUUACUCGAAAUGGUAGGAGGAAGGAGGAAUAUUAAUGCAACUGAUCAGGGGAACAUGGAUGGAAUUUAUUACCCAGAAUGGAUUUAUAAUCUUCUAGAAGGAGAUGAUUUUCGAAUUCUUAUCGAGGAAGAGGGAAAUGCUAACAUCGCAAAGAAACUUGCAAUUGUAGGUCUCUGGUGCAUCCAGUGGCACCCUGUUGGUCGUCCUACCAUGAAAGUUAUCAUUCAGAUGUUGGAGGGAGAGAGAGAAUUAACCAUGCCACCCAACCCUUUUACCUCUGUUGGCCAGUCCAGCACCAAUGCCGAGCAGCCUACACGAGCCGCCAUGGCGCUAGAGUUAGAAGUUAUUCCUGAAUGAGGAUUUUUAUUUUUUGAAAUAGAUAACUUUGUAUUCCAAAUUAGAGAAAUACACACACACACCAAUACUACUCUAGGCAGUAUUUUUGUAUUGACAAGUAAUUUGAAGAUUACAUUUGCAUUU